AUGGCCUAGUCAGUCACUGCUAGUCACAGUGUGUGUAGUAAAAACAUAACGUGUGUUUCUCCCAGAGAAUUCUACUCAGUAUUGGUUUAUAUUCUACCUGUCUGUAUGUAGGUGUAGAAGCUUACAGAGCAGCAGUUUCAAGGCUGCCACGCUGUCAUUUUAUAUGUAAAAGUUGAUUAUAUAUUUUGAUGUUGUUUGCUAGUGAGCUGUCUACUCAAUGUAUGGAAAUCCUACUUGUCUGCUACCCCGGCACCUAAUGGAUUUAAUGCCUAUAUUCUGGUUUCUCGUGUUUCUUUUCGUGGACGUAACUAAACAGGAUCGCAGUGAUGACAUGUGGGAAGCCCUAACGAUACGCUACAGACAAUGGGAGAAACUCCCACGGACAUCACACGAUGCAGAGAGACAGGGCUACAUCCGACAGAAUGAUAUAUGUAAAACCAAUUCAGUCAACAAAUACCAUGGUUUUCUGUACAAGCAGAAGGAUGACACCAAGGUCCUACCUAUAUAUGACCUAAACGGCUGGAUAGCAGGCAUACAAGCUAUGAUCCCGGGGAAUAUGAAGGGAUUCAACUCCAGGAAUGAGAGUAUACCUCUACCACACAUUGAUGUAAUGCCGCCCAUUAUGAUCGGGGAUAUUAUAGACGGCAUCCAAAUGUACACAGUGACAGCUUAUUUCAAACACCCUAAGUUGAUCUGCAACCCGAUUGCGCGGAUCGGGAUAACUCUAGGUAAAGGACUCUACAUACAGAUGGGGCCUGACCCCGUCACUAUGUACCAACAGAUCGCAAUGCACGCCAAGGAUCUCUCUCCCAUCUGGAAACCAGGAAGCUGUAUUCCCACCAUGGGUCUCCAUUACUUCCGUAAUCUUUCCAAAGACUUGCCAUGUGAGAAAAUCUACCCAGUAUUCCUUAUGUACGAUACUGAAGGAAAGCUUGGUGCCUUUGGCUGGUCUUUCCAGGGGAAACCCAUGGAUGUAUCCAGUAGUAAGAUCAGCUGGUUCCGCAUGACUCCCCAAACAUAUGCGUUCACAUUUGAUACCAGAGUGUUACCAGCGUGCAUGUUUCACGAAGACUUCCGAAUAUUUGGGAUACAUAUAUGGUUACAGCCGCACGACUCAGAGGAAAUGACAUGUCCGAUAGUGAUACAGGACCCUCCCACCGGGUCUCCGGGACACAAACCCAGCACGAUCAACUACACCAAUGGACCUCAAGUUCCAAUGAUUACACCUCAACCAGCAGAGGAAAACAGUGCACCAUCGGUGUCUCCAUCGUCAUGGAUGCUGUUCUGUGUUACUAUAGUAACUGUGUUACAUCUCAGAACUCUUGGAGGAAAUGUCAACCCACUCUCAUAACAGUAGACUUCUGGUUUGUAAAAAACCAGUCGUAAUUGACUUUUGGAGAAAAAAACAACCAACAUCUGUUUCUGAUUGUUUCAAGUCUUUCAACUUAAGCCUGUAGUUAACAUUCGUCAUCAACAUAAGUCUAGUAAACUUUCAUUAUUAACACAAGUCUGUAGUGAAUGUUCAUUAUUAACCCAAGUCUGUGAUGAACGUUCACUAUCCCCUCAUUCUUGUGAACAAUUGCUAUCAACAUAAGUCUGUAGAGAAUGUUCUUUAUCCAAUUGAUGCUAGAGUUCUUACCAGCAGGCAGAACAUUCAAAACUGUUAAAUUAAAUAUCUCUUAUGGUCACUUUCUCCUAUAAAAUGAUUGCUAUGGGUUUGCUUGCACUUUGAUUACAAAUUAAAGUGACUGCAAAUGAUUCGUUAUUAUAUAACUGUCUGUUUUGUUUAAUUUAGAAAUUGAACAAAGAUUACAAGAAUAUGUUUGACAUAUGAUGUAUGACAUGUUUUAGCAAUGUCUUGCAUGACAAGUGGAUAGAGGUUGACUUUAGUUCUGUGUCGAUAAAGCCUUGAAAGAAUUGAUGAUGACCUGUUCAAAGGGAGGUAACUCUGGGAGAGACAGAGGAGAAAUGGACUAUGCAGUCAAACAACAGAUCACAUCGCAGGGUCAAACAUCAUUUAUUGUUCAAUAUUUAACAAAAUUGUUUUUGUGUCAAUUUAACAUCUUCAACAUGAAGAAAGCUAACCUACAUAUGAUAAGAAAUACAGCAUGUGUAAGAGUAUUCCUUGAAACUGAACCAUGAAUUUGCCUAAAAAUCAUUUAAUCAUUCCAAACAUGUAUGAAGGGCCGAUCCAUUCCUCUCUCUAAAUAUAGUGCAUCAAUGUAGAACAUUUGACAUUUUCUUCAUCUUUUGCCGGUGAGACAAAAUUCCUUGUUGUGACAGAAGUACAUGAUCACUGCUAUAAAUAGGUGGAGUCUGUCUACUGUGGGGAAAGGAUUUAAGAUUCAAUUAUCGAAAAUCAACUUAAAUCAAUUUCAAAAUACGAUAUAUGAAAGUCUACAAGAGAUUUAAAAAAUAGUCUUAACUUGCUUUUGUAUAAUUCCUAAAAAAUCUGAUAUUUUCCAAACAAACCGUGACUUAAAUGAUAGUCGAUUUCCCCGACAGCAGAAAUGUAAGCUGUACCUGUAGUGUAUGAUCAUCGUACCAAAUACUUAUGGUGCUAUCCCUGCGUGACCGUUCAUCAACCAUCACUGGAUACUUCUUAUUUUUCAUCAACACCAUUUCUCUGAUUUGUAUCAGCUUCUUCUUAAAGGUCACAAGCCUCUUUUCGUCACGAUUACAAAUCUUCAUGUCAUCCUCAUGACUUUAUUUAAGUAGGCCGAUUUUUGUCUGGUCGUUUUCAUCUACAGUAUUGUGCAAAUCUUUCGGAGUCAGAUUUUUGCAUUAAUUUUACAUAAAAGGCAGUAUAGAUUUAAAUUUACCUUUGAAUAUAGAUGGACCAUUACACAGAUUGAAAUUUAAUUUGUUAUCCUAAAUUUUAACCAGAUUUUAAGUUUCACUUCAGACAUAUUAUGCAGAACAUUAUAGUAAGGGUUUAAGUUUAUCUUUGAAUAUAUAUUAACUCAUGCACCCCUGAAGACACAUUUCGACUCUUCCAAUUCAAAGUUUGGAAUAGUUCAUUAUGAGAUUUCAGGGGCGAAUGAGUUAAACAGAUUAAGAAUUAGUUAGUAAUCCUUACCAUAUUAAAUACUGAACAACUUUUUUAACUUACACUUCUGACGUUUUAAUCGAACAUAAUAUACAGAACAUUACAUUUUCUUCAGAUUGACAUUACUAGUAUAUUCAUUUCAUCAACAAACUGCUACCUGUCAUUUUGAAUUGUUUGUGAAAACUGAAACAUCGGCACAAAAGUUAACUCACAAUUUAAUUCAUGGAGUGACUGCUCGACAUUAAGUGGAUAAUUUCAAACUUAAUAAUCUGUCAAAGUAAGGACAAACCAUUAUUUCACUGUCAUGCUUGUUUCCAGUCAUCAAACGAUCAACGACCGAACAAUUCAUAUAUUUAUCAUCCAGGUAGAUGUAGCAUUAUGCACGGUAACUCUUUGCCUUUCACAUUUUUGUCUGUCCUGUAACUUUCACAAAUCCUAAUUUUGAUGAUUACAAAAUAAAACGAUGUUUCAAAAAACAUACCUCAUUUUUACACAGCUCUUCUCAAUGUGAUAAUAGACUAAAAAAAAUACCAGCAAAAUAACUGUGGAAAAAUUUCCUUGAAACUUUCACCAUCAUAGGUUUCAUCAAAAUGAACAUUCAAGACGCCAUUAAAAAUUUGAACAUUGGUUUCUGGAUGAUUUUAAAUAUGCCAUUUUUCGAUAGCCGUGGGACAGUUGGUCGACAAACCUAAAAUGUGUUUCACUGUAACAAUGUGAAAUGGUGUCAUAGUGUCAUGGCAGCAGUGACAAUGACAUGUACAUAUUAGGAUUGCUAACCACUACUGUAAUUCCACAGUAAAAAGGAAAAGGAUAAAGACAUUUUAUUAAAAGGAUAAAGACAUUUUAUUUUUUUUGAAAAUUCGCUACUGCAUCAAAAACAGGUUAGUAGAUAUGUCUUAUUUGUUCCUAUUUUGUAAUAGUCAAAAGAUUGUGGAAGGCCGUGGACAGACAGUAACAACAUGGUUUAUAUACGAUGUUUUUGUAAGUGUCCCCACAUGUGUGUAAUCCUGAUCCCUAAGUGCCCACACAUCUCCAGCAUCCACUUGGUACACGUAUCAUCUCCAACUCAUAUGUAAAAUACCCAUCUUUCUCUCGUCAUGUGAUCAUUACCCAUAAUCCACUUGCAUAAUACCCAUUAUCCAAUUUAACUAUAUCUGCAUUUGUAAAUAUUUCACAUGUUUAAGUAAAUGUUUAACAAUGGUUAAUCUGAUAAGGACCAGUUUUCUUCAUGAACUUGUACAAUUCUAAGGCGCCAAUUAAAGAUUAUUAUUAUAUUUAAUUCCUAUUAUUUUGCAAAUUUUGUCAAGCAAGUUGCCAGUCAAAGGGAAAUAACUUCUACAACAUCAGUGUUGAAUUGUUAAAGGAAUUCAUCGAUAAUUAUUGUUACACCUAUUUCGGAUUGUUCACCUGCACAAAUCAUCAAUAAAAGACAAGACACUAUUGAUUUCAUAUAGAUGUGAAUAUAUUGUGCGUGCAUGUAGCAAAAUGAAAUAGCUAUUCAAUAAUAACAAUAACAAGUUUUAUUAAAAUUUGAGCAAUAUCAAAACUGAAGUAUAAAGGUAAUUCCCUUGACUUCUGAUAUAGACUCCAUAGGUACAACUCUGGUGUAUUGAAGUGUAGGACAAAGUACGUAAACAUGUAGAACUAAAUAUUGAUGUAUAUAGCUAUGUCUUAACACUUACAACGAGGUACCUAUAUUGACUGCAAAUUAAACUCUGCCUUUGAAUUUUAUUGAUCAAUCUUUGUUGAAACUAUCAUUAUCAUGCUUUUCUGGAGUUGUCAGUCAUCAAUCUUCAAGAUACAUAUUUAAAAAGGAUUUUGUGCUUCUUUGUAUACAUAAUUAAUGUACAAAGUUUCAACUACUGUUGCUUCAGAACAUUUCAAGACAAAUGUUUAUAAACAUCAAAGGCAGUUUAAAUGAAAUUGUGUAUUAGUUCAUCAUGCAUUAUUGGCAUUUUUUGGCCCAAUCACAAACCAGCACAAUGGCUUUUCUGAUUUGGGCACAAUGUUGUAAAUUAUCAUAACUGGUACCAAAAUGUUUCGGUAUGUCACAGAUAACUACAUUUAAUCAAAAGUAACUUUUUAAAAAAGUAUACACAUUUUUGCUUAUGACUACCAGAAGGAGAGAACUGAAACCAGAAUGUAACAAAUUUUAUUUUAGGCAGGUUUCCUGGAGUUUAUUUGAAAUUUUAUUGAAUUCUAUCUUUUCUAAUUAAUGAAUGUUUUGACAUUUUCUUGAUGUAAUGUCUGUGUUUGUUUAAUCAUGCUUUUUAUUUGAUAUUUUGUCAGGUGACAUUGCAUCUACUUAAAUGUAUCGUCUGUGAUAUUGAACCCUUUUUUCUCUUAUUAUCAAUAUUCUGUUUUAUGUACAAACUUCAAUCAAGUCAUAUUUACUAUAGAUGCCUACAAAAAGGUCGUGUAAAAUGUUGUGAGAAAGAAAGUAACGUUAAUGUGACUGAUUUUUUUUUGUCUGUGUAUCAAUUGUGAAAUUUAAAAUUCCUCCAUAUCAAAAAUGUACCAAAAAAAGUUGAUGAUACAGUAUUUCUUUAAUUGGAAUCCCCAUUAGGUUAUUAUCUCCAUCACAGCGUUCACUUUGCAUAAAAUAUGGAAAGGUUAAAUUUUUGGGAAAAGUUCAAUUUAAUCAACAAUAUAUGUUGACUGCAUUUUCCACUAAUAAUGCAUAAAAUCAUCUCAUAUUUAUCUUUUACUUAAAAUAGCUGAUGGAUGCUUUCUCAAUUCAAAAUAUAUGAUUAACUACUGUUUUCAGGAAGUGAUUUCCAAAAGUAGUGAUAUCUACAGUUUAUUACUGCAACUACUGGUCCGGGGACUAUGUUUACUGUGUAGUAAUUAAGUGGUGGAUACGAACCACCAAAAUGUACAGGUUUAAAUUUACAGCUUACUUGUCGUUGAACAUGCUUUAUCAGAUGGAAUAUUAAAAUAUUAUUAAAAGUGUUUCGUGAAUGUUUUGCAGUAGUCAUAUAUUUGAAUUGCUGGUAUAUACUUUAUGGAACAUGUUGCAGGUCGAAUCAAGUACAAAAUAUGGAUUUGUAAAAUUGAGUACAAAUCUACAGAAAUAAUGAUAAAGAUUCGUCUUUUUUCCUGCAGUGAGUAUAAAUCCCCGUGUAAUCCUUUCAGAUUAACACUUAAAGCUCAAAAUAUCUUUCAAAUAUUUAAACAUACCAAUAUAUUUUUCAGAAUUAUAAAAUCUUAUAAGAUCCAGACCUUGUUAUCAAACAAUUAAGGGGAUCAAGUAAGUUCAGAAUGUCACUCUAACAGGACUGUAUGUGACUAUCAGACAUUUAGAAGUUCUGUAUACCUCAUUGUAUUUCUGAUGUGAUAGUCUAUAGUACCGUAACAUCAAAUUAUCAACUGUAAACUUAAGAGAGAAAAAAAUUAUAGCAUAAAGUUAAGUAUUAUAUUGGGAAAACAAAUAGAUUUCCUCUAUUACAGAAGGUUUACAGGAGUAAAACUAUAUUUCUUUAUUUACUGUCAGAGUACAGGUUUUAUUCAAUCACAAAAAACAAAAACAAACAAUUUGAUAGUUCAGAAAUAUACCGGGUAGCUAAGAUCCCCCAAUCAAAACAUACAUUACAAAGUCAUAAUAUUAAUAUAACCUAAACCGGAAAUUGGAAUUUUCCUUUCAUUGAAUUUUAAUUACUAAAAGUCUUACAAAGGAUUUUUGUUAAUGUAAAACAAUUUUGUGGUAUUGAUGACCAUGCUCAAGAGUUUUAUUGACUAUGAUCAAAUCUGAUCUUGUUGCUUAACUAAAACAGGGGCAGUCGCUGUUUGUUUAAGUGUGUCUUUCAUUAGAGUAAUUAAUAUAAAUGUAAUAAGUUUGUAAUAAGUAUAUAUAUAUAUAUAUGUAUCUGUACUAUCAGAAGAUAUAUGCAAAAUCAGAGCUCAAAUAGACUAGCUAACAUAUAACAUUGGGUGACGGUGCGAGUCCUGUAUAGUCGUGUAGUACAUUGUAAACAAACACAGAAGGUGUGCUGAAGAAUUGAUACCCUAAAACCUCAGUAUAUUAAACUGUCUACAUUUUUUCAGCCGUAUUUUUGGCAUUAAAAAGUGGUUUAGUGGAAUAAAAACGGAGACAUAUCAAAGGAAUUGAAGACAUUAAAGAAAAAGAAGAAAAGGAAACAAUAAAAAAAUGGGACCAGUUAACAAGGUGGAAAAUGAAACAAGCAGCAUAUAUAUCGACGUUUUAUUGUAUAGCAUAAAAUCAAAUUAUCUCCUUGUCAAGGACAUUGGGUUUCCACAAAUUAUAUCAUGUGGUUUCUUUCAGGACAACUUUUCAUAUAAAAAUCGGAAUUUUCUAAACAUGAAAAUGACAAUAUUUAAGCUGCUUUCUUUGGAUUCCUUUUGCUCAUAAAAUCAUUUCGGCCACACUCUUUAUAACAAUUUAAAAAUCUGACUAAAGCGUAACAAACAUGUUUCACAGUUGGAAUGAUGACAUAAUCUGACGCACAUCAACCUGGUAAUGUCUGCAUGUAUAACAAUUAAAAUGUAUAUUGAUAUAAAAUGGUUAGUUUAGAUAAGUUAGUUUACCCUCUAUUUGACAUAUUUUAAUGUAUUAACAAACUAGGGUGUAAGGGAUAUACAAUUUAAUGAUUUACCAGAAUAAUUAGUGUAGUCAUACCCAUGAACAUUGGUUGUAUGACGACUAGAACGGUUGACUGAACAAACACACUAUUUUGGUGCAAGGCAAUAGUGUGUACUGAUAAUAUAUAUAAAGUUGACAUAUUAACACACAUUUUCAAGAAGUCUUCAGAGUAACCAAGAUUUGUGUGUCAGAAAAGGCUGACAUCAGACUUAUAAAGGUGUGUAUGUGUAUAAACCAAUUUCAUUGGUUAAGAUAUUUUACACAUUGACCACUCAGAUCUUUUCUUAUAACUUGGCAAGAUUUUGUGAUGCUAUUUUCAGAUGUGUGUCUGCCUUAACUGUUGGUAUGAAUGAUUGGUUGCUGACCCUAAAGCACGUGAUAGUAUAAUAUUGUAUGAUUGGAUGAUUAUGUAAAUUAGGGUUGUUGAAUUUGGAGUGAGAAUGUCGGGAGAUUGUAACAGUAUUUUAAUGCGAAUUCAAGCUAGUUUUUGUUACCAUGUGUUUGUAAAAAUUCAAAUCAAGUUGUGGAUAUAAUGUUGUAUAUGAUUCAAGGAUAGGUGAAUAAACUACAACUUUACAUAA